ACAGAAAUUGACAUUAUCUCAGACAUAGACGAGUGGCAGACGUGGCCUGGCUACCUCAUCCUAGCCUUCCGCAUGUGUAUCAUGGCCUGGUUUAUGUUUGAACUGCAGUCAAGCUUUGCCUUGGAGAGGGGUCAGGAGAAAACCAGGUUUUAUCUCCACUUUGGAGCAGGCUUCUUGGUCUGGUUUAUCUACCUGCCUAUCUUAGUGCUCAUAGGCUCACAGCUUUCAGCUUUAUGGAGGUUCAAAACCAUGCUAAGUAUAAUGUAUGGAUCAGAUUUCCUUGCCUUUGCCAUAUUGGUUCAUUUGCUGUGGCCCACGCGGAGUGCAAUCUACUUCAACCUAGAUAACAGGUUUAACAGGCGACAGUGGGACAUGAAUGAGCUGAAAAUUACAGGGCUCCUCAGUGACUCUGAAGAUGAAAACAUCGAGAUGUCUCGACUGGUCUCCGAUUCUGAAGAAUUACAGGAUGAAAGAAAACCUAGUGGAAGAAGUUAUAAGAAUGGUUUUAUUAGCCCCAGCUCUAGGGCAUUGCUGGGAACUAUGGAGGAAUCUGAGAUGUGAAAAAAUGGUUAUAAGGAAAAAAAGAAUCUCUAGUUUAUUUUUCACAGUAGCAUUGUAGAAUAUUCAUCGGUACCAUAUAAAAACUCUGUAAUUUAUUACUUAGACUUAAUAUAUAUAUUGAGGCAUUCUGUCUGGAUGUUUUGCAUUUCAGAUAAACAGCAGUACAGGGCUAGUAGGUACAAAUCUGCAUUUAUCAUUGUGGACAUUUUUGCAUAUUUUAAUAGU